AUGGGAUUUAGUUUUUCUAAAGAUCUCAGUGGUUCAAUAACAUCUCCUGAUGUCAAAUUAAACCUUGGUGGAGAUUUUAUCAAAGAAUCUACAGCUACUACUUUUCUGAGACAAAGAGGAUAUGGCUGGCUUUUGGAAGUUGAAGAUGAUGACCCUGAAGAUAACAAGCCACUCUUGGAGGAAUUGGAUAUCGAUCUAAAGGAUAUUUACUAUAAAAUCCGAUGUGUUUUGAUGCCAAUGCCAUCGCUUGGUUUUAAUAGACAAGUGGUGAGAGACAAUCCUGACUUUUGGGGUCCUCUGGCUGUUGUUCUUUUCUUUUCCAUGAUAUCAUUAUAUGGACAAUUUAGGGUGGUCUCAUGGAUUAUAACCAUUUGGAUAUUUGGUUCACUAACAAUUUUCUUACUGGCCAGAGUUCUUGGUGGAGAAGUUGCAUAUGGACAAGUUCUUGGAGUUAUAGGAUAUUCAUUACUUCCUCUCAUUGUAAUAGCCCCUGUAGUUCUGGUGGUUGGGUCAUUUGAAGUGGUCUCUACACUUAUAAAACUGUUUGGUGUGUUUUGGGCUGCCUACAGUGCUGCUUCAUUGUUAGUGGGUGAAGAAUUCAAGACCAAAAAGCCUCUCCUGAUUUAUCCAAUCUUUUUAUUAUACAUUUAUUUUUUGUCCUUAUAUACUGGGGUGUGAUCUAAGUCGUAUUUGAAUGGAAAGAGACAAUGUUACAUAUGUACGUAGGCUGGGAAUCUUUGAUGAGAAGACUGAAGAAAACCUGUUACUUGUAAAAUUUUAUGUGUUCCAGUUGUAAAGACAGGUUUCAGGUCUUUUUAAAACAAUAUUUUUUGUAUUUAAUUAAGCAAUUGCAGUUACCUGGAUUUUUUCGGUCAGAAUUCUAAGUUCUGUUUGAUUCUUCAUAUUCCAGUGAAUAAAAUAUAAAAGCAUUGUGUUUUUAAAAUUGUUUUGAUAUUCACCUAAAAACUUGUGCCAAAAGCACCUGGAAUGUUAAUUAUAUUUCACUUGAAGGAAAAAUAUGACAACAUCUUGAUAAUCUAAAAGUGCAAUUUUUUUUCUUUAAAGGGUUUUCUCCUGUAUCACAAAUCUUGUAGAUACAUAUUUAUACCUAUAUAUUUAUGAAAUAACUCUUAUUAGUCAUGAAAUAUAUUUCUGAAUAGCCUAAAAAUUGAGAUAUUGUCAAUCUGAUGCUUAAAGUUUAAUUUGGCCAUUAAUCUUUUUACUUAUAAAUUUAAAUUUGUUUUUAAAUUGUAUAUAAUUUUUAGAAUUUCAUAUAUGAUUCAGGUAUGUCCUUGUUAAGGAUUCUUAAAAAUAACAACUAAAACUAAUUUUAACAGUUGCUUGUAUAGAUUUGGUUUGUUUGGGUGUGCUUUUAAAAACCAUUUUUGAAUGUCUAAACAUCUGAUUUGAACUUCCUGUUUAUCUUUCUGACCAAAGGAGCAAGAGGUAUAAUGGAUAUGGCAUUCAUUAAUAUUGUCAAUAUGUAGAAAAACAGUAAUAUUUAUAGCAUCAGUAGAACUUUUCAAGUGGUACUCCUAAGUCAUAAGGCUGCUGGAAAGAGACCUUUAAAAUCUCGUGGCCCUGAACAAUAUUAUAUCAAGUAGAAAAAAAUAAAAUGCUUCCCAGCUGUGUGUUUUGUUUUA